UGUGUCUGUAUUCAGGGGCGUUCUCACCCCUCUGUCUGUGUUUGGUUGCAGGGUGGAGAAGCGCCCAGCUUUAUGCAGUGGACGUGACUCUGGAUCCAGACACGGCAAAUCCCUGGCUAGUCCUGUCUGAGGAUCGGAAAUGUGUGAGACGCGGACACACACGCCAGGAUCUGCCCAAUAAUCCUGAGAGAUUUGAUAAAUAUCCCAUUGUCCUGGGCACUGAGGGGUUCACGAGCGGGAGGCAUUACUGGGAGGUGGAGGUGGGAGACAAGACUGAGUGGGAACUGGGGGUUUGUAGGGAAUCUGUGAGCAGGAAGGGGUGGGUCACAUACACACCUGGGAUUGGAUACUGGGCCAUGUGGCUGAGGAAGGGGGAAUACAAGGCGCUCACCUCCUCCUGGACUCCCCUCCCCGUGAGCAUCAGGCCCAGCCGGGUGGGGAUUUUCCUGGACUAUGAGGCGGGCGAGGUCUCGUUUUACAAUGUGACUGACAGGUCCCAUCUCUUCACUUUCACUGACACCUUCACCGGGACGCUCCGCCCUUAUUUCAGUGCUGGGGGUAAAAACAUGGCUCCCCUGAUAAUCUGCCCGGUCCCAGCUCAGGCCGGAGGGAAUCUCUGUCCCUGA